AUGGACCAAGGCUGGGAGAUACUUCUGCAGGCUGACUACCCGGCUGGCGCCCGGCCAGUGGCGGUGGCCCACCACCCCGUCCUGCCACUCGUCGCUCUCGCCUACGACGACUCCCUCAUCGAGAACGAAGAACGAAAAACGAAAAACGAAGAAAAGAGCGAAGACGAAGAGGGGGAGGAGACAACUAAGCACCUGGUGUGGAAUGUGGAGAAGAAGGUGGUGAUCGCGGCGCUGGGCGCCGAUCACUGGACCACCGCAGUGCCGGACAAGAAGGGCGUGAACAUCCACUCGCUCACCUUCUACGAUUCCUACACUGUUCAUCACAAGCUCCUCUCCACACUUAAGAGGGCGGCCGACGUCGACCCGUCGCAGUACGGCCUCUUCUUCGCGUCGGCCGGCCACGGCACCCUCUACGACUACCCGACCGCGCACGGACUGAUCGGCAUCGCCGCCGACGUGUACCGCCGCGGCGGCGUGGUGGCGGCCGUAUGCCACGGGCCGGCGAUCCUGCCGGCGGUGGUCGACGCGGCCACGGGCGGGUCGAUCAUCGACGGGAAGACGGUGACGGGCUUCACGACGCUGGCCGAGGGCGCGCUGGGCGUGCUGGAGCGGAUCCGGGCCGACGGGCUGCAGACGAUCGAGGAGGGCGCCGAGCGGGUGGGCGCCCGGUACGUGGCGCCGCAGAAGCCCUUCGAGGCCUUCUCGCUGGUCGACGGGCAGGUGGUGACCGGCGCGAACCCGGCCAGCGCGCACCUCACCGCCGAGAACGCCAUCGCCGUGUUCGACGCGCUCAGCUCCUGUUAA